ACACAGGGAAUCCAGGACAGAUGAACCCCUCAAGACCAGUGGGACGUGAGUUCCGUUCCAGACCUAAGGACCAUAGUCUUGGGGCUCCCACUCGUCUCGAGCUGACCGAGUUGCUGAAGAAGGAAACAAGCAUCCCAAAGGCCCACGUCCUAAAGAAGGACUCCAAUCAACCAGCAGACGUGUCACUCUCUUAGGACUGCACUCGGCCUGUAAGGACUCUGACUAUUCCUUUCAAUCACCAACCCUUUGCCGGGCUUGGUGAAAUCACUGAGUUCAAAAGGCUCCUCUGUUUCCCAGGCCCAAUUAGGGCGACGAAGACCACGCUGUUCCAGGGACUUUAACCCAGGAAGCGAAACCGUUUUUGCAAAUCCAUGCUACAGAGAUUGGUCUUGGCUGAGGUGGCAAAGGACUAGACCACUCAUGUCUGUUGGCUCAGAGAAGACCUGGAACGCCUUUUGAAAGCCUGCUUCACUGGAAGUCCCUGCAAAACUGAUGGUUAAGUUGGGCUGCUAACCACAGGAUAGGUCAAACCCACCAGCCACUCCCUAGAGGGGGAUGAAGUAUUUCUCCUACGGGUUGACAGUCUCAGAAACCCCUGAGGAAAACUAAAGAGAUGUCGGUGGAGAUCCUUUAAGGGCACUAUCUUCACUUCACUCAACACCUGUCUACCCUCUAGCCCAGUGGCCUGGAACGUGCAGACUCUCUGGCCUGAUAAGGCCCAAAAUAUCAUCUAUACCGGCUUAAAUCACACAUCUCACCGAAAAGAAGCAGUUCCAGCCCUUACAUUAAGGGGCCCCAUUUUAUACAACAAUGCAGCGAGCUUUAGAAGAAAAUUUGGGCCGCAUGGGCGCUCUCAUUGAAAGUGCCCAACAAAGAUCCCCUAAAAGAAAAUGCAUUUAUAGUGAAAAAAAAUCAAUAUUUCAAAAACUUUAUGACUUGUAUGUAGAAGAAUAUGAAGAAGAGCCACAGAGUGCACACGAGUUAAGAAGAAACCUAAAACUGAUAGAGAAACUGGUUAUGCGAGAGGACUUGGCCCGUUUAGUGGUCAAUCUGCACCCUGUGAAUGAGGGCUAUUCUCUGGUGCUCAUGGGAGAAAUUGGGUACGAAUCUGAAACCAUCGAGCUGCCAUAUGAAGAGAGAGAGCUGCUGGAAUAUCUGGAUGUAGCCGAAUUGCCUCCCAUUUUGGUUGAGCGCUUGGAAACAUCUCAGGUGAAUGUUUUUUACUCCGGAUGUAUCUUCACAGAAAUCCGGGACUACGGGGAAUACAGGAAUAUGCCAACAUGUACCUUCCAAACUAGAUGUGUUCUCCUAUGUCCAACAAAGCAGACUUUAGCCUGUGAUGUUCACGACAACCCUGAAAAGCCUCUGGAAAACCACUGGGUGUUUGAGAGCCAACAGCAAUUAGCUAGCCUUCGUCUUCAUCCUUCUGAAGCUGUAUCCUGCACUAACGGUCUUCCCUCGGUCAAGCCAAGGAUGAAGAGUUACCCAAUGAAACGGUAUUUCAGGAAGGGUUAUAGGCCCUCCCUGCACCAGCGCCAGGAGUCGGGGUGGACUCAUUGUCUAUCGCCACCUCAGGUAAGGUCACUCACUUCUUCACAAACCGACAUGGGAAACAAAGCUGGUCAACACUAUGGCCAGAAAAUUUUUAAAGCAGAAGACGAUGUGGAGAUGUGGAAACAAAGUCCCUAUCAUCUGGCCACACCAUCGGGGAAGUAUGGCACCUCACGACCAACUGCCAACGACUCUUAUCAAGUGAAUGAUCGCUACUCACGUCAUUUUGAAGCCCCUAAUCAGCAUCAGAAAUUAAGGCUGAGUGUCAUGGAGUCAUCGAAAGACCCACUUCUCUCUAAGACUUUACACCCUUGUGAGAUACCUGCAUCCCACUUUGACACAGACUGUCUCUUAGAUUGGUACAUGAAUGAAGAAAAGUUUGCUGCUGCUGCGUACCAGGACUUAUUCCGGAAGGAAGCCAGAUGUCCAGACAGAAUGUCACAUAGUGCCAGUGGCUUGGCAAGUCCAGGUCAGCUUUCUCCAAGAAAAGAAAUAGAAACACCUCAGAAAGUAUCUGUUCGGGUUUUGCAAAAGCAUUCACCUCUAUUCAUCAAAGUUCCUUCAACCUCGGGAAAUCACUCUGUGGCUAACUCCUCUACGCCAGAGCAGGCCAGUGCCAUUCUUAAACCUGCAACUCCUUCUCCUGCCUCUAAACUACCAGUUCCUUCUCCGAAGCCAUCUGUAGACUUUGGUCAAGUGAGCCCACAUUCUGCAUGGGCCCCAUCACCUGCCAGCUCGUCACGAAUGGACACAACCACAGUAGGCCUGACAAGCACUGGUGGACCCAGCUCUGCCAAUGCCAACUGCCCUGUUCCUGCAGCACAGAUUUCAGCCAGGUACCCAUACUCUGUGCAUGACUACUGUCGCCGCCCUGGUGGCCAAACUCCGGCAGAAAUAAAUCAGAAUGACUGUGUCCCGUCGAAAGUUCCCCCCCCAACUGCAGUGCCAGGCGCAGUGAAGGCGGCUCCUCGAGCAUGUGUUUUGCAAAGGACCUCCAUUGUGAAGCCUUUGACGGUCCUCAGUCUCCCAAAUGGUCAUUUCAUUAUGAUCUCGCAGCAACAGCAGCAGGUCUCUCGCAUUAUUAUCCGGAAUCCUUCCACUGCUUCGAACCAGCCAGGAGCACAACCUUCUAUCAGCCAAGUACAGAAUUCUAAUCAGCAAUCUGUCACUGUCACCAGAGUAGAACGUCUUGUGCCACUCCGGGUAGUCGUGAUGUCUUCGAAGAUACCAGAGCAAAGUGUGCCUCAGAAGAGACCCCAGCCCCUCUCUGCCUCACCACAGCAGGAGUCACCAGCCAAGCAGAUAAAAUUGUCGGAUCCUGGAAUGCUUGAGAUGGAGGAGGCCAAGCAGGUCAGGAAGUAAAACAGAGGGAGGUACACCAGCCACUCCCCAAUUGUGAGCCUUCCAGUAUUGUUCCCCUCUGGUUUAGAAACACUAGAGCAACAAACUGAAGGAUUCUGAGAUUUUGCUUCAUUUUUAAUGUGCUAGUAGUUUUCUAUUUCUAGUUGUGCACCUUUUAUACAAGUCACACUCUACGGUUGGAGCUUCUGCAACCGUGAAAACAGGUACAUGUUGUUGGAAUUGAACAAUUAUUAGUAAGCUUUAUAUUUAGAGCAGUUUCAGGUUCAUAUAAACCUGAGUAGGUAGUACAGAAAGUUCUCAAAGAGCCUUUCCCCGGUUUAUAGUUUGAUGUUAAUAACAUUUUCUACUUCUGUAGCAUAUUUGUUGUAAUUAAUGGAACAAUAUCGAUGCAUUAUUAUGAUUUAAAAGAGUCCAUUUUUUUAUAUUGGGGUUCACUCUUUGAAUUUUACAAUUUUAUUGUCUUAGAGAAAUGAAGCAAGUCAAACAUCCCCCAUUACAGUAUCAUACAGAAUAGUUUCACAGCCCUAAAGCCCUCUGUGCCCCAUCUGUCCAUCCCUUGCCCUCCCCGCAAUCCCUAACAACUCAAGUUUUGCCUUUUUCAAAAUGUCUCAUAGUUAGAAUCAUACAGUGUGUAUAUUUUUUAGACUAGCUUUAUACUUGGCAAUAUGCAUUUUAAGACGUCUCCAUAUCUUCUUGUGGCUUGUUAGCUAAGUUUCUUUUAUUGUUGAUAAAUGCAUUGUAUGAGAAAGUACACAGUUUAUUUUCCCAUUCACCCUUUGAAAGACAUCUUUGUUGCCCCCAGCUUUGGGAAAUUAUUAAUUAAGCUGCUAUAAAUGCCAUAUGCAGGCUUUUUGUGUGGAUGUAAGUUUUCAACUUAUUUACAUGACUAUUUAAGAGUUGGGUUGCUAGACCGUAUAGAAAGCCUCUGUUUGUCUUUGUAAGAAACUGCCAGACUGUCUUCCAGAGGGGCUGCAGCAUUUUACACUCCUCCCAGCAACUAGCAGAGUUCCUGUUGCUCCAUAUCUUCGCCAGAGUAUGGUGGUGUCAGUGUUUUGGAGUUUCAUCAGUCUGAUAAGUGUGUCGUGGUGUCAUGUUUGUUCUAAUUUGAAAGUAGUUUCACUAUUUAUACUGUAUAUGGGAAUGACCUAAGCUAUACUACAACUAUCUUUCAGAAGAAUAGAGUUUAAUAUUGGGGUGUUUUAGUAUAAAAAUUAAUUUUAUUAUACUUAUUACAUUAGUCACAAAUGUACCAUCUUUGCAAGUCUGUUUUGGGAAAAAAUAAACUUUUAAAUCUGCAGAAAAAUGCUGGCAACACGCAGAUUGAGGUACAUCAAAGACCUCCAAUUGUGUGCAAUGACUUGGUGGCAGAUAUGUCAGUGUGACAGGCCCCUUGAAUAGGUCCCAGGUGCGUUCAGUUCUCCCUGCAGAGCCCCGCACUCCUGUACCCCACUGGCCUUGAAAGGGCCCUUCCUAGGACACCUUGUCUUCUCUCUUUUUAGAAAAGUAGCUACAUUUUUAGAAUGUUAGCUUGUUUGCAAACAAGUGAACACCCUCAAAUCAGAAAAUUAGUUAUUUGUUCGCUUUUCAAACAUAGGUGACCCUGUUUGAUUCUUCAAUGCAGCAUGUGAUAGGUUUUGCAUGAACGUCCCUGGGUCAGGAUUCUCAGUGGUUUGGCUGUUAAGGCCUGGUAAUCCCCUACAGUAUGAUAUAAUGUGAUAUUAUCGCUUCCAGAAUGGGGUCUGCUCUGAGCAGCAGAUUGUAAGAUGAUCGUGGUGGAGGGCAGCCCCUUCCUCAAGUCACCACCCUGGUGAAAGUUAAAGGAAGUCUUCUCGGGAGUGAAGCUUCCUGUGUAAGUAGAGGUUCUAGGGAAACUUGCUUGCUUCUUGUUGGUUCUGUAUCCUGCUUCUAGUUCAUCAACUACUGGAUUUUGGGACUUGAGCCAAGGGCCUGUCCACCCAGGGAGCCACCGGUGGCCUGUCAUUUGAUCUGCUGGCCCACAAACUUGACCUGCUGCCUUUGGAUUUAGCAACCUCUGCAUCAGCCAGUCUGUGGGCUUCCAGCUUCCUGGUUUGUUAGCCCCGCAGCUACGUGAGUAAAGACAGGCCACCAGCCUAACAUCUCACCCCCAGAUUUGAACUGCAUUGGACUUACCCCUUAUCCAGUUUUUACAAGUGUAUGAACUAUUUUUCUAGGUAUAAAUUUCCUAUUCCUCUCUCCCCUUAACCCUGGACAAUCACAAAACUGCUGUCUUAUCUCUAUACUAAUUUAUCUAUUUGGAUAUUUUGAGUACUAAUUUACCUAUUUAUAUAUUUUUGGCAAGUGGAAUAAUAUAAUACGUGUUCUUUGUAUACCUUUUUAUAUUUAGCAUAUGUUUUCAAGCUUUAGUCAUGUAUCAGAACCUCAUUUUUCCAUGUCUGAAUAAAAUUCUGUUACCUUUG